GACUGAAGGCCUAAAUGAAGACUGUAAGGAAAAUCGAUUCCAUAUGUGUUCGAUUUAUCGUCCUGCCCUAAGCAAUGGAUAGCAGAGAAAGGGAUUACUUCAAAGUGUAGGCUACAACUUUUGCGGAAUAUGUUUGCCAUUAAGUUUUAUCAUUAAUUUAGUAUGUGUAUUAUCCUACCAUUGACAAAGCAUUGUUAGCCUAUGUCCGCGAGUUUACAUUGAGAGACUGGUGGAUUACAUCAGGACGUGCUUUCUUAGAGUGCUGCUAAUCCUGUGAUCAGAUCACAGCAAGUAAUGUGCACAUUAUGUUAAGGAAGAUGCUGCCCGAACUGCCUUUUACCUCCCGCCGAUCACCUGUGGUUUGUUUACAUGGCUGUGUUGCUUCAAGUCAGUCGCUGGCGUCUGUCAUCGGGAUGGACAUCCUCAAAAAAGGUGGUAAUGCUGCAGAUGCUGCUGUUGCUGUGGCUGCAGCUUUGAAUGUGAUAGAACCCUGUAGCACUGGUUUAGGAGGGGACUGCUUUUGUCUGUACUUUGAUGCACAAACUGGACAUGUGCGUGGACUGAAUGGAAGUGGCCGCUCGCCCAAGGCCCAGACUCUGGAGCUGAUGCAGAGCAGGGGCUUCAAGAAGGGCAGCCCCCCUCCGGCCUUCCACGCCCUAAACAUUACCGUCCCGGGAGCUGCCGCUUGCUGGUGUGACACCAUCCAGCAGUUUGGGAGCAAAAAGCUCUCUCUGGCUGAUAUCCUGGAGCCAGCGUGCGAUUUGGCCAUCGGGGGAUUCCCAGUCGCCGAGGUCACUGCAUACCACUGGGCCAAGUGGACAAAGGCGAUGAGGGACGCUGGCAGGGAACUGGGUGGCGACUUCCUCCCCAACAACCAGCCACCCAAACAUGGCCAGGUGGUCACCAAUCCAGGUCUGGCUCAGACCUUCCAGGAGAUUGCUCGCCGAGGGAAAGCUGGUUUCUAUGAAGGCCGGAUAGCGGAGGCCAUAGUGGAGGUGGUGCGAGAGAACGGCGGUGUAAUGAGCCUGGAGGACCUCAGGAAGCACACCAGCACGCAGAUCACACCCAUCUCCACCGAGUACAAGACAGUGAGACUUUGGGAGGUUCCGCCAAAUGGACAAGGGAUGGCAGCUCUUAUUGCCCUUAAUAUUUUGGAAAAUUUCCCUCUAAAAGGAAUGGAUCACAACAGUGCAGACUACCUCCACCUUCUAGUGGAGGCCUUCAAGCUGAGCCUGGCAGACACCACCCACUUCAAUGCAGACCCUGCCCAGGCCAACGUGCCACUGGAGGGAUUGCUGGCCAAAGACUACAGUCAGCAACGCGCCCGGCUCAUUCAGAUGGACAGAGCCAGGGCUGGUAAAGAGCCCGGGACCCCCAGAGGAAGUGAAACGGUGUAUUUCUCUGUGGUGGACGCGGAGGGCAACGCCUGCUCCUUCGUCAACAGCAACUACAUGGGCUUUGGGACGGGGCUGGUGCCAAAAGGCUGUGGGGUUUCUCUCCACAACAGAGGCGCUCACUUCUCCCUGGAUGCCAAUCACGCCAACUGCAUGGGCCCUGAGAAGAGGCCCUACCAGACCAUCAUCCCAGCCCUGCUGACCGAGGCCGGCUCCAACAGACUGCUCUGCUCGUUUGGGGUGAUGGGAGCCUUCAUGCAGCCCCAGGGGCAUGUUCAGGUGUUGCUCAACAUGCUGGAGUUUGGGAUGAACCCCCAGCAGGCCCUAGACGCCCCACGUGUGUUUGUCCAGUACGAUGAAGCCUCCCAGCACUGGCAGCUGAGCGUGGAGGCCGGUGUGGAGGAGGGCGUGGCCGAGGAGCUGAAGAGGCGGGGCCACGCUGUGCGCGGGCCAGUAGCGGGCCACGACCGGGCCCAGUUCGGCAGGGGUCAGGUCAUCAGCGUCGGAGCCUGGUGGGACCCUGCCGCCCAGCCCUCUGACCCCUCUCCCAGAGUGCUCUGGGCCGGCUCCGACCCCAGGGCUGACGGCUGCGCCGUGGGCUUCUAGAUUUGCGUUCACAUGGAGAGGCUUAACCCUGGAGAGUUUAUGCUCCAGAGAGGUCAUGUGCACCAACAAUAUGCUCCACAGUGCUGGUCAUCCAUGCUCUGCACCCAACUGUGUGCAUUUUGUGACCUUUAUAAGGAAUGAAUGGGAUGUGUACCGGUAGUUACGCUGCAGUAUUAUACACUAAAUUACAGACACUUUUGUAAAAGAAUCAUAACAUUUUAAAUAAAAGUACUGAAUAAACUGAUAAAGAAAUUAAGUUUUAGGAGAAAAAGUCAGAUCAUUUGUAUUCUGUGUGGUGAUCAAGUUUGAUGUUAGACUUUUCAAAGCUAUUUUUAAGUAUAAUGAUCCAUUUAUCAAAUGUACUUUUACAAUGGAAUAUAAAUGAUUUCAUACGACAAAUGUUGGUUAUGUCUUUCUCUGAAUGGCAUGAUUUCUCAAGAACCCAUGCAUAAUCUUCCCUGCUAUUUUUGAGAUGACAUUUAAAAAGAAAGAUUCUUUGAAGACAAAUAAAGC